UGGCGCUGUAAUUCUUCUCGACGACUGAGACGCCAGACUAAAGCGGAAACAGCUGUCACUGCAUCAUUCUUGGGGAAGAAGACGACAUUUGAAUAACACUUUCAUUGAUACAUCUUUAAAAAGUUGACUGACUGUGACUGUAGCUGAGCUGUCAUGAAGACGGUGUUUGUGACCGUCGGUACGACGAAGUUUGACGAGCUGAUUGAAACGGUCACGUGCUCUGAAGCUGCAAAGGCAUUAAAAGCUCGAGGAUACAAGCGUUUGCUUCUGCAGAUCGGAAGAGGAUCUUUUUUCCCAGAUGCCGACAGCUGUCCAGAACUAAAACUAGAAGUUUUUCGAUUUAAAGACUCUAUUGCUGAGGAUAUGAAACAGGCUGACCUCGUCAUCAGCCACGCAGGAGCAGGAAGUUGUCUGGAGGCUCUUGGUGCUGGUAAACCUUUGCUGGUUGUAGUCAACGACAAGCUGAUGGACAACCACCAGCUGGAGUUAGCCCGACAGCUGCACACUGACCACCAUCUGCUGUACUGCACAUGCAGCUCCUUAACAGAAACUCUGAAGACGAUGGACCUCUCUGUUCUGCAGCCGUUCCCACCAGGACAACCAAAGACUUUCGCUGACUUUCUGGACAAAGUUGUGGGACUUAAAUGAAACUUUUAAUUUCAUGAGAUCGUUCUUUUUUUCCAUGUAAAAUAUUCCGAAGUUUCUGAACAACAGACAUGAAUACAUCUUUUUAUAUAUUUGGA